AUGGAAGACAAUGAAGGGGAUGAGGAAGAAGAGGCUAUAAAUGACAGUGAGGAAGAAUGUGAGGAGAUGAACACACUGUGGAAAAGAAGUUGCAGAAGCUGGAAGAAGGAAAAGGAGAAUGCGUUGCAGAUGAUGAUGAUGAUAAUGAAGAAAGAACACAAGGCUAAAAUGGAAAGAAAGAAGACGGGUAGACAAAUGCAGCAGCAGCAGAGCGGCGGUUUGUUUGUGGCCAGCGUUGUUCCGCACAAUUGGGCAUUCAUUUCUUUGGCACCACCGAAGCACUCGGUCAAUAAAUUGGCAUAG